GCUUUUCGACAAUUCGUAACAUAAGUUGGUCGGCAUCAUGAUGUCCAGUGCAAGAAAGGAUCAUAGACAGGCAUCUACAUGUGCACACAGCAACAAGUCACAUGUGUACAACACGUGCGGCACUGUCCUUACGCAAUCACAAACUACUUAGGUACUGGAGUACACACCUAGGGCGCCCGUCAGCCAUUCCCCACGCCACGUCAGCUGUGCCGCACAAACAAAGAAAUGACUGUGACAAAAUGCCGACGCACGUUACAUACACACACACACACACACUCACACACACCCACACCCACACCCACCCACACACACACACACAAAUACGAACAUGCCGCAGGAACGCAGCUCUCUAUGCCUUCAGCUGCCGCCACUAGAGAGAAGAGUGGUGUCUGGGCUCACGCUGUGUCGCACGUUGGGGCGCGACACCACCAGCAGCAUCUUCAGUGUCCACGUUUGACACGACCUCCCUAGGCGUGUGAGUCGCUGACAACCAACACACACACACGCACACACGAAUGUCCGUGUCAGCUCAGUGCAUAGCUAGGCUGCGUACUUGGUGGCGGCGGCAGCACCACUCGUCGGAAUACAACUGGGUUGUCCUCUGUUUUCCCUCUGCACACACAAACAAGGCACAGACACAGCGUGCUCAUGUCCACACCCAGAAAGACGCCCUUACGUGUCGCCGAUCGGCGUGUCGUCAGCAGCACGCUCCCAGCCGAUGACGACCACAGUUUCCGGGUCACCCAAAUUCGCCAGGACCUUCUUGUAAUCCCCGACAGUGUUGAAGGGCUGCUCUGGGUUGGUCGCAUGGGUCUUGACGACGGCCCCCUCCCCCGUCCUCCCCUCCAUUCUCAAGUAGCGAUAGUCCGACUCAUCGAUGCGACGUUUCACAAAAUAUUCAGGCGCCACAUACGGCAGCAUGUCCAUCACUGAUUUCCCUUUCGGCACCACCAUCGUCCUCGGUCGGUCCGCCAUUUCGACAGGCAUUUGGCACCAAGUCGGAGAGAACGACAAUCCUGGUGGACAACAGAGGAGCACAGUCAGUCUCCUACAACGCACAGAUGUCUGAUAGGACCAAGGCCAUCCGUGUCAGGUAUCACCUGGUGCGUGAGAAGGUCGAGGCGGGCGAGGUGGAGGUUGGUUGGAUCCCAUCCGCUGAGAACGUGGCAGAUAUGCUCACCAUGAACGUGCCUGCAGGCAAGCACACACCAGUGACAGAGAAGCUGUUCAGCAAUCCGUCACACGCCACGCAAGAUUUCCUCUUACCGAGGGGCACAAGGAUGGAUGUGGUGGGGGGAGGCGGCAGAUCUGAUGUAGAUCUGGCAGAUGGAUUGGCCUCGGAGAAGAGAUG